CAUAAUUUGGUGAAAAAGAGCAUAUUAUGGGAGUUACCCUAUUGGCAUAUACUACUUAUUCGACAUAAUUUAGAUGUCAUGCAUAUUGUCUGGAAUGUGUUUCUCAAUAUAUUUUACACUUGUAUGGAUAUAAAAGGGAAGACUAAAGAUAAUAUGAAAGCAAGGCAAGAUUUGGAAUUAUGUUGCAAGUGUCCUAAGUUGAGGAUUCAAUUUGUUAAUGAAAAGCAAGUUAAGCCUCCAGCUUCCUAUGUGUUGUCCAAAGACCAAGCAAUGGAGGUCUGCGAGUGGGUGAAAGGCUUAAGACUCCCUGAUGGAUAUGCUUCAAACAUAUCGAAGUGUGUUAACCUGUAUGAUUAUAAGUUUUACGGGUUAAAAAGUCACGGUUGUCAUGUUUUCAUGUUAAGAUUGUUUCCAAUUGCAUUCCGUGAAGUAUUGCCAAUAGCAGUGUGGGAUGCAUUGACAGAAUUAAGCUAUUACUUUAGAGAUUUAUGCAACACAACUUUGCAUGUCCAAAAUAUGGAGGUUCUUGAGAAAAAUAUUAUGGUAACUCUCUGCAAACUUGAGAAGAUAUUUCCUCCUGCAUUUUUUGACUCAAUGGAGCACUUACCUGUUCAUCUAGCUUAUGAAGCUAAGGUCGGAGACCCUGUGCAGUACAGAUGGAUGUACCUCGUUGAAAGGCUUAUGCAUGAUCUAAAGCAUAAGGUAAAGAAUCGAGCAUCGAUUGAAGGUUCCAUUAUCGAGGCUUACAUCAUAGAAGAAAUAUCAACCUUUUGUUCGUAUUAUUUUGAGCCUUCGAUACAAACGAGGUUAAAUCAAGUUCUCCGUAAUGAUGACGAAGGGGAGUGUGAUCUCGUGGAUCGUCUACCCAUUUUUACUCAUCAAGGUCGGCCUUUUGGGAGACCUUUUGGAAGGCAUUUAACUACUCAGGAGUAUAAUGCUGCUGAAUUAUCUAAAUUGUGAGGAGGUUCAACCUUUUGGAAAGUAAGUUACACAAGUACUUAAUUAUAAUCAUGCUUGAAAAUGCAUACUAAGUAAAACAUAUAUGAUUAUAGAUUUGGAAAGACGACACGAAAUGGAGUUUCCGGCUUGGUUUAGGUCAUAUGUGAGUAUACAAUUCAUAAAUAUAAUAAUAAAUUAGACUUUCUCUUGAUUUAUUCUAC